UGACCAAGAGGGAGAGGACCGACAAACAUUUAUUCAAAAUAACGAACGCCAAAGUGAUGGUUUCGAUGACCAUAUUAUACCAUUAGCCCUAACAGAGACACGAAGGCAUCCUACUCAUUUGGAGAAAGAAGUUACAUUUUAUAAUGGUCUUAAUCUAGUAUUUGCUGAAUAUUUGAAUC